AUGUGGACCGACGAUCAAUUACGCUUACUAAUCGACCAGAGAAAAAAUCACAAUGCCGAGUAUCAUGACAUUCCCGGUAGUAGUAGGGUUGAUUUCUGGAAUAGUAUUGCAGAUACAAUCAAUGAACGAUUUAGGACUACCUAUACAGGACAACAAUGUAAUAAUAGAUUUCAGAAUCUUGUUAGAGAUUACAACUCGAUGUGUUUAUACAUAGCUGGGAGUAAAACCGGAAAGAGGAGCAGAGCAGGUGAACGAUAUUUUGAAGAAUUUAAUUCUCAUUUUUGGGAGAGACCUGAAACUCCAUUCGACAUAUUGCAUAAUACAAACACAUCCACCAGAAGACGACACCGUAACCGUACCCCACCACCAACUUACGAAAUGCCAUCAAUUCCAAGUAUGAAUCGCCGUGAAUCCUCCGCUGGUCAAAGGGAUCGAUCCGCAUCUCCGACCCGAAGAAUUCCCAGCAGAAGAGACGAAACUACUAAUCGAGAUAAUGCAAGUAAUGUAAAUGAUGCGGGUGGAAAUUCAGGCCAUAACACAAAUGAUGCUGGUGAAGAUCCAGGCGAUAACACAAAUAAUGCGGGUGGAGAUCCGGGCCAUAACGCGAAUGAUGUAGGUGGAAAUUUAGAUAAUGCGACAUACUCAUCUUCAUCAGAGUUAGCAAAUAUGACCUCAGCCCUUAAUAUAUCCGCAUCACAAAAUAACAGUGAUUUAAGUAUGCCCGAUAUAGAAGGAGAAGUACUGGCAAAAUAUGGCCUCGAUAGUGAUGGUAUUGAAUCCAUCCCGUUAUUCACCCUCCCAACCUACGAGAUUCAAGACAAUGAUAAACAUUUUACACAUUGCAUGGCUGAGAUUUUAGUCCGGUUGAGAGAUUACGGGUCAUUGCUCGUAGAUAGUUUAGAAAGCAUGCGGAACGAAUACGUUGUGGCAUUACUCCAUUCUGCCCUUCAUAUCGUACGAGACGAUACACAAAAGCAGUUUAGUAUGAGACCGCAAUACGAGGUUACCGGGGAAAAAAGUACAGGCCGAGUCGAUUACGCCAUCAAGGAAACCGAGGAUUUGAUUUGCAUCACUGAGGACAAACAGCACAAAGUUCCCAUGGGUUAUGCUCAGAAUAUUGCUCAACUUGAGAGCUCGUUCGAGACGAACAAGAAAAAACGGAAAGCCAGUGAGGCAUUUGACGACGACUUUGAUUACCUAUAUGGUAUCGUUACAACAGCCCUAACCAAAUUUCGCAAGGCAGUAAGUUGCCGAAUUGCAAAUCAUGAGCUACAUUCUGUCUCCGAAAUGAAGGCCGUUAUAUAG